GGGAAUAGAGAAAGUUCUUUCUUCUAUACAUUUCAUUGAAUAUUCAUUCAUACACAUAGGGAAUGAGUGUCUGGGGCUGAGUUUGGGAUGGUUUUCUUCGGUUUUAUUAGAAAAUCAAACAUACUAUUGUGAAAUCGUUAAGAAAGAAAGAACUAUAAUCAUUGAUUUAGUGAAACUUUCUAUAAGCAUACUCACUGAGUUUGCUAUUUUCUAUUUAUGUCAGCUAGAUAUGACAGGUACUGAUAUCAGAAACUAACUUGUCUCACUGUUACACAACACUUAAUAUUUAAAAAUACAAGCAUGACUUGGCAAAAAUUUGAUAGUAAAAUACUGCUUUACAGUACAAAAAUAUCCACUUUAAGGCAACUUAUUGAGUCUUAUCCAGUUGUAUUAUUUUUGAAGUACUCAGAAACAUUGUAUUUUUGGACACCUAUUGUGAUAUAUAUGUAUAUGAUAUCAUAUACAAAAUUCUAGUUAUUGACUCACUGAUUAUAGAUUUUAGAAAUAAAUUAGACCUGAAAUUACAAUUUGUUUGAAAGGAAACUGAAAUUGCACCAUUCUGUCUAUUUUGUUAAGUAAACAUAACAGGAAGUAAGCGAUUGCAACAAAUUGCCUUACUUCCUUUUUUUAUGUCUAACAGAAGAAUGUUUUUUUGUAUCGUUAAGUUGUUUCUCAGAGCUUGACUCUGUGCGCUGUUCCUCAAAGCUAAAUCUGUUUGUUUGUUUGUGUGUGGGUCUGACUGUGAAGAUCUCUAUCUCCUGAAAGCUUCACCGCCAUGUACUAAUUUUCUUGGUUUGUUAAAGGUUUUUAAAUCUUUUCUUUGGAAUUACCGAGGACAAAAUGCUGACCGUAUUCGGGUUCUUGCUGAUGUUCUAUGUUGCUGCUUCAGGUUUGCAGUCUGAGGAUCCUGUUGUCUGUAGAUUUACUGAAAAUGAUACAUGCUAUGUAGCUCGGGGACAGCAAGUUCACCUGCCAAUCCCGCCGGUGGAAGGGUUUAGCCUACUUAUUGGAAAUCGUGCCAUUUUAAGAUUUAGAAAAAACACAAACACACCAACACCAAAUCCCUCGAGAUGGCUGUUUGUUAAAGAGAAUAAUACUAUGAUACUAACCAGUGCAGAGUGGAGCGACUCUGGAACAUACACUUUAGAAACCUUUGAUGCAGGAGGAACCUCAAAAGGCAAAUAUACUCUCCAGAUAUACAUGAAAGAUUUAACUCUGGUUAUCCUGAGCUCGGUUUGUGCGAGUCUCAUUGUACUAGCAGUCUUAGCGUUCUUUGUGUACAAGAAGAGACAUCGCCUGAGAAACAAACAAGAACCUUCUCAGAAUGGCAAGGACAGUUACACACAGGUCUUACGUUUAACCCCAAAAAGGACAGUGACAAACCCAAGUGCAGCCCAAGCUCCGAACGAGGACGUGAAGAACACUUAUCCCAGCCAGAGGAACCAGGAGAAGAGAGAGGAGGAAGUGCCCUACACCGAACUGAUGUUUAACACUCCUUCACAAGAAAAAAACGAGAUUUCCAAUGAGCAAGACAAGUGUGUGUACUCACAGAUCCAAUAUGGUCCGUGAGGGAUACAAUCUCAGUUUCAUUUAUCAGUAUUGUUGAUGUACUUAUGCUUUAUUUCUAUCCAUUACUUUUUGUUUUUUUGCAAGAUCAUUCUGAUAGAGGAAGAAGCAGUUAGGGACCUUCCACCUAUACACUCAGAUCUCUUGCAAAACACAAUUUUACUAACUGGUAAAUGAUUACAGUAUCCGAUUAUGCAAUUACUGAAUUAUUUUAAGGCUACACAGUGGCCCAGAGGUUAGUCUUGUUGUCCUGAGCCCAGUUUGUGUGGAGUUGUCUAUUUGUGUAAGUGUGUGAUAAGCAGAGAGACUGCUGUAUUCUCCAUGUCCACCUCAAAUUUGAUAUAGAGUGCUGUAUAGACAUAAAGUGAUUACUUAACACGAAUGAACGCAUUUAUAAAUUUUUUCAUCUGAAAUGUCAUUUUUUGCCACUGAGUCCAUUGUAUUAACUGGGAUGAAGUAACUCGUUUUGUUCAUCAUGAAACUGUAUAUAUUUUUUAAAUGAAAGUGUAUUAACCUUUAACCUCAUCACUGUAUAUAAGUCUGGUUUUUCCAUCUUGCCUGUGAAUACCUACAUACCAACAGGAUAAUCUUUAUGUUCAUAUAUAAGACUUGUGUGAAUUAAAAAUUUUAUUUUUUUUA